UUCUUCCUUUUGCCCUUGGGCUCAUUGUUCGUUUUGGACAUUGGCAUUUUGCAUUUUUUUUUAAACGGAUACCAUUUUCAUUCCUGGUUUUCCGCGCAGAGGACACGCGGAAGUUUUUGCAAGCAUGUCGACUUCACUGUAUGAACCAAACUUUUUGGCGAGCCUAAAGGACGACGCGGAAGACGCUGUCGACCCGGCUGAAUUGGUGCUUCCUACACCUCCUCCCCCUCCUCCGCCCUCCUAUCCGACGGCGCUAGUCCCUCCAGUGGGUCCACCUUACCAACCAUGGGAAGACCCCAGAUAUGCUCUUGGUCCCAUGCCUCACUAUAAACCCGUUUAUGUACAACAACAUCAAGCGCACGUACCACAGCCUGCACCACCGGCCCCAGAGUACUACACACCUCCGGCUGCGUCACCUUCAUCAACCGCCUCUACUCUCCAAAACAUACUACCUCAAGCUCCGACGUCCUCGUACAUGAUGCCACCGCAGCAUCUCAUGCACCAGCAACAAUUGCACUACUACUCCAUGCAAGCACAGCCUCCUGUGAACGUCCCUGUUUUCCGUCCGUCAAACUUCCCCAUACCGGCUCUUCGUCGAAACAAUUCCAGCCAUAUGGGAACACCAGCGAAGCGCCCUACACCUUCACUUCCGCCAAGGAUGCCAGUCCCCGCCCGCAAAGGCUUAUACGAAGCGACAUACUCAAACGUGCCUGUAUAUGAAAUGGCAUCACCAAACGGCGUUGGUGUAAUGAGACGUCGGCAUGACUCGUGGAUGAAUGCCACACAUAUCCUCAAAGCUGCUGGGAUGGAAAAGAGUCGACGAACAAAGGUUCUCGAGCGAGAGAUACAUCAGGGUGAACAUGAAAAGAUUCAAGGGGGAUAUGGGAAGUACCAAGGCACUUGGAUUCCCCUCUACCGUGCCCGAGAGCUAGCGGCAGAAUAUGGUUUGGAUGAGGCUCUUCGGGAUAUUCUAGACCUGCCUGAAUGAAGAGUCCUCCGCCUUUCCCUGUAGCAUGCACCGCGAGCGGUUGUGCUUUGGCGAUGGCAAAUGUUGUACAUACUUGGCUUUUUUGUAUAAUGUUUAAUGUCGAAAACACUCGUACAUCUUCCAAUACAAAUAUUGGUAACAGAAAACGUUGGUAUAAUGUUUAAUGUCGAAAACA